UUCUUCGCCUGCCAACAGUGUCAAUAAACUGUUCUCGCAAACAGUUGAGAUUACGGGUAGAAAUUUAACGCAUCUUUUAUGUUUUGUAAAAGAUGUCAAGGAACGAAGAAGAUUCUCCUCUUCUGAAGAGGACAAGGGAGACCGAAGAAAGGCCUGUUAGACGAACAUGGUUACAGGUCCUUUCGAACGUGACGGUUGAACCGGCUCUCCUGCUCUUCUCCUGUGGCCAUGUCAUCGACAGCGUAUACUUACCCCAGAUUCAGAUCGACAAAAUUUGUUCCCUGACACUAAACUUCAGUGAUGAGAUCUGCCAGAAUCUCGACAGCGGCAGUUUCGCUGCGGAGGAAGACGCUGUGCAAAAGAUCGCCUCGCGUUUUAAUGUCUACUCGCACUGGGUCGAGUAUCUACCAGCGCUUGUCUCGAUGCUUCUCAUGGGCGCCUGGGGAGACACGCGCGAUCGGAAGCUUCCUGUAAUUGCUUCCUUCGUUGGCUGUCUUCUGUCGUCUCUCAUCCUCCUGGCCAGCGUCUACUGGUGGUUCCUGCCGGCCUGCCUCACGUACCUCGCCUUCAUCCCCGUGGGCGUCAUGGGGAGUGUUCUCGGAGUGUACGUGAACAUCAGCGCGUACCUCAGUGGCAUCUCCGGCACAAGGUCUCGCACCCUCCGCCUCUCCGUCGUCGAGACUCUCAAGUACGCGACUUACCCGCUUGGCAUCUACAGCGCCCUGGCCGUCUUCGAGCGCGGAGGCUACGUGGCGGUGUACGCGUUCCAGGCGAGCCUCUUCUCCGUUGCAGUCGUGUACCUCGUCUUAAGGCUCGAGAAGCAGCGGCCGACGGCGGUUCACCUGGACCCGACGAGGCCGCGGCGAGUGAGCGACGAUCUGUCGCUUUCGAGGCUCAGGCGCUCGCUGGCGCUGGUGUGGAGGGAGCGCGAGGGCGGCGGCCGACCGCAGAUCCUCGGAUACGCAGCCAUUAUCUGCAUCUUUACCUUUGACGUCGGCGUGAAGAACAUCUAUUACCUGUACACGCAGAAAAAGUUUUCUUGGGAAGAGGAGAGUUUCAGCCUCUGGAUUUCCGUCGACUACGCAUUCCACGCCCUCGGCUCGUUGGUAGUUCUGCCAGUUCUCAGCUACUAUCUUAGAGUACACGAUAGUCUCAUCAUAUUCGUGGGAGGGGCUUCUGCCAUGUUCUACCUCAUGCUCAUCGGCACGGCGCCCCAGCCCUGGGUCCUCUAUCUCGCAUCCGGAACUUCUGUGUUCAUGUUGAUGGUGACGUCAGCAGCCAGAGGAAAGAUCUCAAAGUUGGUGAACGACGACGAGCUAGGAAUUGUCUUCGGGAUGGUGUGCGUGGUCAACGCCCUCAUGCCGGUGCUCGCCACGCCGGUGUACAGCCUCGUGUACAACGCUACCGUGGGCGUGUUCCCUGGCACGGUGUUCGUCCUCCUGGCAGCGCUUUGUGCCGUUAUCUGUUGCUUGGCCGUGUGGCUGUACACACGAUUCGAUCAACAAACUGCAGCGACAAGUGAGGUUUUGGACACGCAACCAGGAUGAUUGCGUGAGAAUAUGGUAGGCAGAGGCUAUGUCGUCGGUGUUUCCAUAAAUCAGCGAAUGUCUGAUUUUUUUAGAUAGCUUCUCUUGCUUUUUUUUACAGUAUGCCGAUAUUUUUGUCAUUUUACAGAAUUCUUAUAAUAUUUUGCGUCAUUUUGCAGUAUUCUGAUAUUUUGUGUCAUUUUGUAGUAUUCUGAUAUUUUGUGUCAUUUUGUAGUAUUUUGAUAAUAUUUUGUGUUACCAAUGUCUCGAUGUGAAAGAGGCGUUCUACACCAAACUCACAUCUGUGGUAGACAAAUGCCCCCGGUGAGACAUUCGCAUAGUACUGGGCGACUUCAAUGUGGUAUCCAGUUGUGAUCGAGCUGGCUACGAGAUGUUUGUCGGUCCCCAUGGCUCGGGAGCGAGAAUAGCCCUCUUCUUUGUGACUUUGCUAGGUCUCAGAGAAUGAGGAUUUCUGGCUCCUGGUAUCAGCGCUCCAAUCCGCAUCGCUGGACUUGGUAUAGUGAUACGGGUGCUGUGGCCAAGGAGAUCGACCACAUCCAUGUUAGCACUCGCUGGAGGAGUUUACAGGAGUGCCGAGUUCUGUGGCACUGAUCAUAGAUUUGUUGUAGCAACCCUGCAGGUUCACUUUAAGCCCCCCCGCUUCUCCAGUGUGGCCACUCUAGGGUGUUUCACCUGGACCGGCUGGGGGAUGAGGAGUGUGCGCGUAGGUUCACUGUAGCAAUCACUGAUUAAUUAACAGUGCUCAAAAACCUGACAGACCCUAGAGCCCUAUGGAAAUCCAUUGAUGAACGUCCGGGGACUAGGUAGAAUUUCAUCUCGCUGGAGACAUCGGAGGCCACAGAUGCGUGUCGCAUGGCUUGUCUGAAUGGCAAUCAAAAUUUGCGCCGUUCCUUGGUACGCAGGUCUAGGACUCUGCUCAGAAGAGAUAAGGAACAGUUCAUCAGGAAUCUUGCCGCGGAGGUAGGACAUUUCUUUGUAAAUGACCUUCGUCCUGUCUACCAAGCCCUGAGAAAACUGAACUCCAAUCCCUCCCCACGGAUGUCUGCAGUCCGCUCAGUGGAUGGAUGGAUCAUCUCAAAUAAUGUUGGGGUUUGUGAACGUUGGGCUGAGUAUUUUGAGCAAUAGUAUCAAGUAGACCCCCUAGCAUUUAGUCUAGAUGCUAGGGAUGUCGAAAUUCCUGUGCCUGACCCACCCAUCAGUGAGGAUCCCCCCACUCUAAAUGAGUUUAGGGAGGCGAUCUCUAAGCUGAAGGGUGGGGAAGCUGCAGGUAUAUGCGAUAUCCCUGCUGGACUGCUAAAGGCUGGGGGUAAGCCUAUGGCCCAGGGCUUGCAUGCUGUCCUGGCUGCCAUCUGGCAGUCCGGUUCCAUUCCCCCUGACCUAUUGAGGGGCGUGGGCAUCCCCUUUCUGGAAAGGGAAAGGGGAUCGCUGGGACUGUAGUAUCUACCGUGGCAACACAUUGCUCAGUAUACCAGGCAAGGUUUUUUGCCCACAUUCUUCUGAAACGGGUCCGCAACCACCUGCUAAGGCACCAAAGAUUGGAGCAAUCUGGAUU